CAAACAGUUUGGUCAACUACAAGAGGAUUUCUGUCACCAGCACAGCUACUGUGAAAUUAUGGCAAAUAGUUAAGUGGGAUAGACAACAAAACAAAAUAGUUUUUAUCAAUUGUCAUCACAGACUUUAGGUAAAAAUUCGGACAUUUUUCCAGGAUGAAGAAGGAUGAUGACAAGCCUAUCCCUGCCAUGGGUCCGGGCAGCAGAAUCAGUGCUUUGCCUCCAAUGAUCCGAAAGCACAUAAAGAAAGAAGAUCUUGUAGUAACAGUGGACUACUCCACCACGGGACUGAAAGCUUUCCCAAACGAAGUCUUCAAGAACGAAGAGAUCAUGAAAUACGCUAAAUUCAUCUGGGCUCAAAAUAAUCGAUUAAAGAAACUACCUAAGCAGAUCUCGGAUCUUCCGAAACUCGAAUCCAUUAAUCUGUCUACAAAUACAAUAGGUGCUAUUCCUGGAACCAUCACAAAGUUAGCUAAUCUCACUAUGCUCAACGUCGAGAAAAACAACCUAAAAGCCUUACCAGCAACAAUUCAGAAAGCCCCUUCUAUCGUUACCAUCCUUGCCGCAGAUAACAAAAUAAAGUCGCUCCCCAAAAAUAUCCAAAAGUGUCCCGCUCUUGAACAUUUGGAUGUUUCUAGAAAUCAGAUCAAAAGUCUAAAAAAGAACGUCUAUGAACUAAAAGGAAGCGUUAAUGUUAGUGGUAACAAGUUGGUUGAUCUCCCGGAUGCUACUAUUAAAGCCCCUGCUCUCAAAUCCUUAAAUGUGUCCAACAAUGAAAUCAAUUACGUUCCCGAAUCCAUCAAUCAAGUGACAACCCUAACCUAUUUGGAUUUGUCCCACAAUGACUUAACAGAAAUUCCAGGGGAACUGGGUUUCCUAAAAUAUCUACAUUAUUUAAAUAUCUCCCAUAAUAAGUUAACCGAGUUACCAAAUGAAAUAUGUUCUUUACAGUUCUCUCUGGUGGAACUCCAGGCCAGUAAUAACAAGCUCAAAGCUCUUCCAGUAGGUAUCAACACAAUGAAAGUCCUGGAGACUCUGAAUCUAGCAGUUAAUGAACUAGAAGCAUUGCCCGAAAACUUUUUUGUACUGGAACAUCUGAAACAACUGAAUGUCUCGGAAAAUCAAAUUACCAGUAUUGAUGGCGUCCAGAAACUAACCCAAUUGCAGAUCCUGGAUAUUUCCAAAAACAGCAUUCCUAGUCUUCCUGAUGAUAUUGGUCAGCUGAAAAUGUUGAAAGAAAUCUAUUUUGCUGGCAACAGUGUUAGGAAUCUGCCGAUGGACAUAAACAAAAUUAGUACCCUUAAAUGUAUUGCAGCUCGUGGAAACAAAUUGUCGUUCUUCCCGGAUUCUUUGGGCGCUUAUCAACUACUUACGGACAUAGAUUUCAGCAACAACCGCAUUUCGGCAAUACCCAACGAUUUAACCCCACUGCGCGUGUUAGAGUCCCUAAAGCUCCACAAUAAUCACAUUUCAACUCUGCCGAAAGUUUUGGAAGCACACCAGUUUUUACGAGAGUUAGAUGUAUCCGCUAACUCGUUGACUGAUGUCCCGCUUCCGGCAACCAUAACGCAUUUAAAUCUUGCUGGAAAUCCAAUCCAUUUACCUUCGGGUGACGGACGUUCAUUGCUCAACACAAUUGGUGAAAAGGAACAUGCCAAACGAAUAACAUUCCUUGAUUUAUCGAGUAUCAAAAUGGACGAGAUUCCUCCUAGUUUGUGUCAUCUUAAGCUGCUGACAACCUUGAGGAUGUCUCACAACCUGAUCAAAGAUCUCCCCGAAGAAUUGUGUAAGUUAAGGAUGUUAGAGGAACUUGAUCUGGGCGACAAUGAUAUAGAAAAAAUACCAGAGAAAAUUGACUCUUUGCAGAGCUUGAAAAAACUCGAUUUAUCCCAGAACCGCAUCGUCGAAUUCCCAGUACCACUGACAGAGUUGCAUCAUCUGGAGCACCUCAAUUUGUCCUUUAACUGCAUCAGCAACCUCCCGGAAAACUUUGGCGAACUCAAUAAGCUUGUCUAUUUGAAUCUGUCCAAUAAUGAACUUUCGCAGCUACCGGAGGAUCGUAUCGAUGUUCUUGCGUCACUUCUUACGCUGAACGUUUCUAUAAAUCACAUAAAUGCCGUACCAACGGACAUGCCGUACCUGUACAGGAUUCAGACUCUUGAUGCAGCAAGCAACGACCUUAGUCAGAUCCCGAACGACAUCGUUAAAAUGACGUCGCUAGAAAAUCUCAAUCUCUCCGACAACCUUUUAGAAUCUUUGCCCGAAAGUAUAUGCAAGAUGCCAGCGCUAAAAAAAUUAGAUGUUUCAGAUAAUAAAAUUCGUUCUCUCCCAUCAAAAAUAGACUCUCUCCGUUCACGUGCUAAGGUGAACACGGCUUCUCAGUCAUCCUACAAAACGCGAGAGCCGAAGGAUCAACAAGCUCCAGGAGGAACUCAAACAGAUGGUAAAAGUUCUUCACGAUCAGCAAAGAGUCCAAGUAACGAUGAUUAAAUAAAAGUCGGAAAUUUAUAACUUUAUUUAUUUAUAUUUCUAAAUGGUUGCUCGUCUCUGUGAUCAGUCGUGUUCGGUCUUGACAUUUAAUGGGUGUGUUUAUUAGCGAGUCUUCGUACUGGUGGAACAAUUUGGGAGUCUGCUUAAUGAGUGUGUUUAGCGAGUUUUCUUACUUGUGGAGCAACUUGGGAAUCUGCUUGGGGCUUGUAAAGAACACAAAUGAUGUUAAACUGUCGAAUGUUGAGUCAGGUCUAUUUCCCGUGGAACCCGAAGUCUUCCUCACACAUUUGAUUCUAUUCCUGUGAGCAAUUAUUGUCCAGGUCAGGGAGUUAGAACUAAAUUUAUUUAUCUUCUAAAAGUUGCUCGUCUCUAUGAUCAAUUGCGUACGACCUUGGCAUUUAAUGAGGGUGUUUAGCGAGUUUUCUUACUGGUGGGCAACUUUAGGAGCCAGUGUGGAGCUCGCAAAUGACCGUAGAAAAUGUUAAGUCUUUUACAUCUGGACCUUGAAGUUUUCUCACACAUUUGAUUCAGUUUUAACACCCGCUUCCACCACCGAAGUGAUAUCGCGUUGUGAAUAAUAGUUAUUGUCCAUUAUUAUAUCAUCAUCGUCGUUUUUCAUGAAAUUGAUGUCUUCCCCUUAUUGUGUUGUAAUGGGUAUUACUGAAAAUGAAGCAGGUCUUUCAAUGGAAUUGUUACAAUAAACCUUGACGU